CCACCACAGCUGUUCCCUGAGGGGCUGCAUCUGUCAAGCUGCCGGAGCUGAUCCAGCCUCGAGGGUUUUCCACCUCCAUCCCUAGCAGCUUGCAGUACACUCCUAUGCUAUUCGACUCCCAGGGAGAAUGUCUCUACCCAAAAUUCAAAUAGAAGAGGCUCCAGACAAUGCAGAUCUCGGCUCUGGAGGUGCUAUUCCUCCUGAUGACCACCUGAGGAGCCUCAAGGCAUUGACAGAGAAGCUGAGGCUGGAGACCAGGCGCCCAUCCUACUUGGAGUGGAAGGCAAAGCUGGAGGAGCAGGCAUGGAAGAGCCCCCAGCCAUCGGGAGAGGAGGAGGGGACUGAGGCCAAAAAGGCCAUGGAGGACACUGUCUCCUUGAGGAAGGUCCAGCUGCAUCUCAAUGGGAGUCCUGACCAGGACAAGACAACUCUUACCUCAGGCAGAAUAGGUGGCUUUGAGAGCAUCGACGAAGCUUUGACGUGGCUCAGGAAGGAACUGGCAGAAAUGCGCCUGCAGGACCAGCAGCUGGCGAGGCAGCUGAUGCGGCUCCGCAGCGACAUCAACAAGCUGAAGAUAGAGCAGACCUGCCACCUGCACCAGCGCAUGCUCAACGAUGCCACCUACGAGCUGGAGGAGCGGGACGAGCUCCCGGACCUCUUCUGUGACUUCCCCCUCGUCAACUCCUUCAGCCUUUCCACGCCCCUCAAGCUCAUCGGGGUCACCAAGAUGAACAUCAACUCCCGCCGGUUCUCACUGUGUUAAAGGGGGGACAGAAGACGGGAAGCUGGGGGAGAAAA